AUGUUACUACUAACAGGCAUCCUGAUUACUGUUCUCUUAGCUGUUAUCAUUGCCUAUUUUUUCCAUCUUCGGCAAGCCUAUGAAUUUUUCAAGCGAUUAAAUAUUCCUGGUCCACCACCAAUACUUUUAUUUGGUAAUUUUCUCGACUUCGUUAAAACUAAACGAUUGUCAAUUUCAAUUACACAAUGGACAGAAAAAUAUGGUCGUAUUUUUGGUUAUUUUGAAGGACAUACACCAAUUUUAGUUAUAUCUGAUCCUGAUAUAUUACAAGAUAUAUUUAUUAAAUCAUUUUCAAAUUUUCAUUCUCGUCGUCCUUUUCCACUCGAAGAACAACAUUCUAAACAAGUACAUGUUUUUAGUGCGACUGGUCUUCGUUGGAAGCGACAAAGAUUUAUUAUUAAUCCAACAUUUUCAUCGGCUAAACUUAAACAAAUGUCUCCACUUGUUCAUCGAAGUAUUAGCAUACUCAUGAAAAAGAUGUCUGAAGAAUAUAAUAAAGGUGAACCAUUUAAUAUCUAUGCAUAUUAUAAACGAUUUACUAUGGAUACUAUAUGGUCAUGUGCUUUUGGUAUUGAUACAGAUAUGCAAAAUAAUAUUAAUGAUCCAUAUUUAAUUUGUUCACAAACUGUAUUCGAUGAGGAAAAUGCUGUCAAAGUUUUAGUACUUUUAUCUUUGUUUAUCAAAGAAUUAAAUAAUGUCUGGAUUAAAUUUCAUCACAUAAACAAUUUUAUACGUUACUGGUUUUUGCGUAUUUUUCCAUUAGCAAAGAAAUUUAUUCAAGAAGAACCAUACAAAUGGAUUAUGAGACAAACAUAUAAAAUGAUGGAAAAACGUGAACAAAUUGGUCCAAUGAAUCGAACAGAUUUAAUGCAAUUAAUGCUUGAAUCAGCAUCCAAUGAAGAUUUUAUUCAAUUAUCUAUUGUUGAUUUUAAGGAUGGUCAAACAUCUGCUAUGAAAAAAGAAGAAAAAGAAAACGAGCCACCACUAAUUCGAAAAUUGACUAAACAUGAAAUCGCAUCUAAUAUUUAUCUAUUUAUGAUUGCUGGUUACGAAACAACAAGUACAGCACUUAGUUAUAUUUCUUAUGUUCUCGCAACUCAUCCUGAUGAACAACAAAAAUUACAAGAGCAUAUUGAUAUUCAUUUCGAUUCUGAAACAGAAGAUGAUAUGCCAUCUUAUGAUACAAUAUCACAAAUGGAAUAUUUAGAUAUGUUUGUUCGAGAAACACUUCGUAUGUAUCCCAUAUUACCGAUAGUAAUUAAUCGUCAAAGUAUGGAAGAGUUUCAUAUCAAAGAUAUUGGUACAAUUCCAGCUGGUACAUAUAUUGCAGUUGAUAUUUAUCAUUUACAUUUCGAUCCUGAUUUGUGGGGUCCUGUUGAUCCACAUAUAUUUUAUCCUGAACGUUUUGCUACAAAACGACAUGCCAUGGCAUGGAUUCCAUUUGGAGCUGGACCAAGAAAUUGUGUUGGAAUGCGUUUUGCUUUAAUGGAAUUAAAAAUGGUACUUGUUCGUCUUCUCAAAACAUAUUCACUGGUCAGCUGUGGUAAUCAAACAUGUAAACCAUUCGAAAAUCUGAAAGAAUAUAUUGUAAUUGCACCAGAACAUGUUAUUAUUUGUUUAAAACGUCGAAAUGAACAUCAGAAUUAA